AUGGCAGAGGCGGAUUAUUAUGAAGUUUUGUGUGUGACAAAGACCGCUGGACCAGAUGAAAUCAAGAAGGCAUAUCGGAAACUGGCUUUAAAAUGGCACCCAGACAAGAAUCCGGGCAAUAAAGAAGAAGCAGAGCAUCGUUUCAAGCUCAUUAGCGAAGCAUAUGAAGUUCUAUCUGACCCAUCGAAAAGGCGAAUAUAUGACCAAUAUGGCAAACAGGGAUUAGUAAACGGUGUACCGCAACAGAAUCAAGGCUUCGAGGGAGAAUUUGAUCCCUUCUCUAUUAGACUCUUUCUAAAGAAUUUUAUGUUCGAUUCGAAUUUACUAACAAUGUUUGACUGCAAACUCAGCUGGUCCCAAAGGCGAAUGAUUCUAGAAUAUAGUCUUGGUGUUUUUCCUCUGCAUUCGGAUUAA